AUGAUUCUCCUCAUAUUACUUACUUGUAUAACAACAAGUAUUGCAUUACCCGUGGACAGUAAAAAUUAUACUAAUAUUGAGCCCCCAUCUAACUCAACAAAAGAAAUCCUCAAGGCCAGUGAAACGGGAGACCCUACUAAAGUGGAAAUAGUGAAACAAAUACGCCGUCUUAACGAAGAUGGAUCCUACACAAUUGGCUACGAAGCAAAUGAUGGAACGUUUAAAAUUGAAAGCAGGGACGUGUUAGGGAAUGUCAAAGGUACGUUCGGUUAUAUUUCUGAUGAUGGUGAAAUAAAACGUGUAACAUAUACUUCUAAUGGAGAAAGUACACCGAUUCCCGUAUCAACAACCACAACAACAAGUACACCACCCAUGAUAGUGAGAGUGAAUAAAACUGUUUCAUCAACUACUCGACGGCCCUUGGCAACUCUUGUUUAUCCCACUCGGAGUAGUGCAACAACAAGAGGGACGGUUAUCCAACCAAUACCGAGAAGAAGGCCUGUAACAUCUGUUAGACCACCACCUAUGCUAGAUCCAACGACGGAAAAAAUUAAACAUGAAGAAACUACAGCUAAUAUAUUACAUAUAUAUAAACCUAAAGAAGAUAUUAUGAAACACCGAACUCAGAUAUUAAAUCCUAUGUCAGCUUCAUCAGAUGAUCUUAUUCCAAAAUCGACUACAACGAACCCACCACAUACAUUAAAACCAGUUUACGAAGAAGUGACUGAAAAGGAAAAAGAUACUAAAUCUAACGCAAUACGUCGACAGCUAUCAGGAACUAGCCACAAUCAUCACAUGGUAAGUCUGCAGCAAUCUAUGGGCGAUGAUUCAACGGAUGUUUAUGGUGGUCAUUCAUCUCACGGAACCAUUCGCCCCUUAUUUACUACGACGACGCCUCGAUCAAGAUACCAUUCUUUACAUUCAAUAAUAUCUCCUCGUCAACAAGUACCAAAUCCGUACCAAGAAGUCCAAUUACAAGAUCAGGAAACUACAAUAGAAUCAAGUACAGGCAGGGUAUUUGAACAGCAAAAUGUGGUAACAACAAACGCUGGUCCGGUAGUGCGUAUUGGAGGACCUAGAGAUCACCAUGAAGCUACCAAUCAAUAUACGCAGUAUGAUCAGCCAAUAUAUAGACGACCUGCAGCGGUUCAUUUCAGAACGGAUCAAUAUUUAAGAGACAACCCCGGAGCCCCAAUCCCUAUAGGCAACACACGGCCCUUUCCCCAAUAUGAAUAUGAGGACAAAGUAUUGGAGCCUCAUAUUGUGAAAGAUACGCCUCAAACAAAAGCAACUGUGCAUGAUCCAGCAACAGUACAAUACGAUGGAAGGCCGGUACGACUAAUCCCCAUACCCGUUGACGACAGGGGGGUGCCGAUUCCUGGAUACCAAGCACGUUUUGUCAACUAUCGACCACAGCCAGUUCAAAGAUAUGAUCCAUAUGACGACAUGAGUUCCAUCACAGCUCCUGUAAGUACCAGGGACUUUAGACGCUUGCUUCAUAUUCUGAUGCUGCGCCAGAAUCGUCUGCAAGCGAUAAUGGAUCAAUUGAUGCCGAAGCCUUACCAUAACGUCCAGUACAACCAAGAUUAUCAAAGACGGUAUGACGAUGAUAGAUAUGAUUACGACCAAUACAGGCAGGAUUACAGUUACGACAACCAGUAUGAAAGUCAAAGAUACGUACCUAGGCGAAGGUACAGGCCCUAUGAUUCAGUGAGCUCAGCUUCGAAUAACAUUGAUGAUUCAGAAUACCUUCCCGUUGAAGUAAGAGAAGCGUUGCUGUUGAAAAUGUUGAUAUUAGCCAUUAGCCCCGACUACAUGCCAACUCCGGCGCCGUCCACAGAGCUGACGACGGCUGCACCAGCCCGUAAACAGGUGAGAAAUAUACAAAUACUCGGAGAAGAAGGAUCCAGCGACAGCAAACAAAAAUAG